UCGCGUUUUCCACCGUCAGUCGAUCUCACGCCGCGAGCUUCGGCGGGCCGUCUUAACUGAUAGUGGCCGAGCCGAACCCCCGAUCCCGUGUUUACCCGCCGAUAUUUGACCACGCGCGGUUGUUUACGAUCCUCGCUCCUAGUUUUUUUUCCAUUUUUGGGGAGGAAAAAUAUGCCCUAGUCGUCCACCGAGCUGAAAUUGAGUGUCGAUUGUUGAGUCUAACCGUGUUUCGGCCCACGUGUGUGAAGUCUCAGUUACGAAAAGGAAGCUCUGCGAGAAAUUUUCCAGGAUUAAAUCGGAGGAGUCGGCCUUCUCAUUUUUGUUUCUUUCCAAGUGACCAGGGAAUCUACCUUUCGUGCAGUCAGUCGAUUGAAGUUGAGAUAUCAAGGAGAAUUUUACCACGAUGACGACUGACAUGAAUUUCGGCGCAAAGCCGGAAUCGAGGAAAGCCAUCCUAAUACAGAUCAUCAGCAGUGUGAUAGCCUCUUCGACUUUACUGUCGUCUGGGAUGAGCUUAGGCUUUUCGGGAGUAGCCUUACCUCAUAUGGAGGCACCCGACAGUUUAGUCAAGGUCGGUCCGCAAGAAGCCUCAUGGAUAGCAAGUUUGGCGAAUCUGGCGACCCCGGUGGGGUGUCUGCUGGUGGGUCCGUUGCUGGACCGGCUGGGUCGGAAGAACACGAUGAUUUUCGUGGGAGUCCCCGCGGUCUGCGGGUGGCUCCUCAUCGCGGUGGAGCCGUCCCUGCCGCGCGUCUACCUGGGCCGACUCCUCACCGGCCUGGCCACCGGGCUCUCCAGCAUCCCCAGCACUGUCUACACCUCCGAGAUCACCUCCAACGCCAUGCGCGGCAUCCUCGUCACCUGCUCCUCCAUCUCCAUCGCCGUCGGCAUCCUCACCGAGUACUGCCUCGGCUGGUGGUUCCAGAGGCAUUGGCACUGCGUGGCCCUGGUGAGCGGGGUGAUCUCGAUCUUGGUCUCCGGUCUGGUGCUGAUCGGGAUCCCGGAGUCUCCGGUGUGGCUCGUGAGUCGCGGGCAGAACCAGGAGGCCUCCAAGGCGUUGUGCACCCUCCGCGGAACCAAGUCCAAGAACAAAAUCGAGAAGGAGCUCAAUCAGAUCAUCGAAAAUUGCAGGGCCUACCGCGGGCGCAGCACCAGCAUAGCUCGCUCCAUAUCCGGGCUCGCCCUGCCACAGGCCUACAAACCCCUCAUCAUCAUGAACACCUACUUCCUAUUCCAACAGGUGUCCGGGCUCUUCGUCAUCGUCUUCUAUGCGGUUGACGUCAUAAAAAUCGCGGGUGUGACGGCCGACGCCUACCUGAUCGCGGUGCUGAUCGCCUUCCUGAGGCUGGUCACCAUCAUCGUCUCGGUGUGGGUGAACAAGGCGUUCGGGCGUCGCUUCGCCUCCAUCAUCUCCGGCGUGGGCAUCACGCUGAGCAUGUUCGCCCUCGUCGGCUACUGCUACUUCGUCCCCGGCGCUGCCGCCCCCACCCCCGUCCUCGUCAACUCCACCACGACGACGACCGCGAUUCCACAAGCCCUCGUCGGCUCCACGGACGCCCCCAUCCCGAUGUCCAACUUCUCCCUCGUCGAGAAUGUGACGGUCGUCAUGAGCGAGAGCUUCCAGGGAGUCCAUGGUCUCUCCUGGAUCCCGAUCGCCGCCCUCUUCGUCCACAUCGUCUUCGGGACCAUCGGCUUCCUCACCGUGCCCUGGUGCAUGAUCGGGGAGGUCUUCCCGGCCCAAGUCAGAGGGGUUGCUUGCAGUAUCACUUCCUGUUUUGCAUACCUGUCUAGUUUCGUAGUCAUAAAGUUGUACAAAAGUAUGCUGAUGAGCAUGGGUACAGUGGGAAUCUUUACGUUUUACGGAAUCAUGUCUCUUUUAGGGACACUAUUCGUGAUGAUCUACCUUCCUGAAACGAAGGGAAAAUCCUUCGAAGCCAUUGAAAAGCAUUUCGCCAACGGAAGUGGCGUCCCAGCAAGUCCAGAAGAGGUAUCUUUACAAACGAAAAAUUCGAAGCAACCUAUCAUAAGACCAAGCAGGCCAAAUUAAGAUUACGGUCGCAAAAUCGCCCUACAAGCAACUAUGUGAUUCAAAAGAAGACUACUUUUUUAAUUAGAACGUACUAUUUAAGUGCUUUUUCACUUGUAAUAAUAAUUAAGUCCGUAGGUACGUUAAAUAUAUUUAAGUUUUAUAAAUUGUC